AUGGGCUGCGCUCCCAGCAUCCACGUCUCGCAGAGCGGCGUGAUUUACUGCCGGGACUCGGACGAGUCCAAUUCCCCCCACCAGACCACCACCACCAUCUCGCAGGGCGCCGCCACCCUGCACGGCCUCUUCAUCAAGACUGACGCGGCCGACUCCAUCCCCUCGGUGCUCGCCUACCAGAGCCGGCAGCCGCCGCCCUGCACCGGCCCCCGCCGCAAGGAGCGCAGGGAGCCCGGCGCCUCCGCCAGGGCCCGGGCGCCCCACUGCUGCGGCAUCGAGGCGGAGACCCAGACCAGCCACAGCAGCGUCAAGCAGGCUUCAACUACAGAGAUACAGAUUGGGCCCAUGAGACUGACACAAGAUCCAAUUCAGGUUUUGCUGAUCUUUGCAAAAGAAGACAACCAGAGUGAUGGUUUCUGGUGGGCUUGUGACAGAGCUGGAUACAGGUGCAAUAUUGCCCGGACACCAGAGUCAGCGCUUGAAUGUUUUCUUGAUAAGCACCAGGAAAUAAUUGUUAUAGAUCAUAGGAACUCCAGAUAUUUUGAUGCAGAAGCUAUUUGCAGGUCUCUUCGUGCCACAAAGCCAUCAGAACACACUGUAAUACUUGCUGUUGUUCCACGCACAUCUGACCAGGAAGAGACUUCUGUUCUUCCCCUUCUUCAUGCAGGCUUUGACAGACGAUUCAUGGAGAACAGCAGCAUAACUGCUUGUUACAAUGAACUGAUUCAAAUAGAAUAUGGAGAAGUGCGAUCUCAGUUCAAAUUACGAGCUUGUAAUGCAGUAUUUACAGCAUUAGACCAUUGUCAGGAAGCUAUAGAAAUAACCAGUGAAGAUCAUGUCAUUCAGUAUGUUAAUCCAGCCUUUGAACGGAUGAUGGGGUAUCAUAAGGGAGAGCUUAUUGGCAAGGAACUUACUGAACUACCAAAAAGCGAUAAAAAUCGUGCAGAUCUUUUAGACACUAUCAACACAUUUAUUAAAAAAGGAAAGGAAUGGCAAGGGGUUUACUAUGCAAGAAGAAAAUCAGGAGACAGUAUCCAGCAGCAUGUGAAGAUAACACCUGUGGUUGGUCAAGGAGGGAAAAUACGACACUUUGUGUCACUCAAAAGGCUGCGUUGUACCAAUGAAAACAACAAACAGCUCUACAAGAGCCACUGUGAUGAGAAGUAUACAGGAGACAAUUCUCAGUCAGAAUCCCAUUCCUUCCGAUGCAAGAACAGAAGGAAAGACUCGAUUGAUGUUAAGUCGAUAACAUCUCAAAGUAGUGAUGCCCCAAGUUUGCAGACCCGUCGGUACUCUUCGAUGGCAAGGAUCCACUCAAUGACAAUAGAAGCUCCUAUUACAAAGGUUAUUAAUAUAAUUAAUGCUGCCCAGGAAAACAGCCCCAUCACAGUAGCAGAGGCCUUGGACAGAGUUCUGGAAAUCUUGCGGACAACAGAACUUUACUCCCCUCAGUUAGGUACCAAAGAUGAAGAUCCUCACACAAGUGAUCUUGUUGGAGGUCUGAUGACUGAUGGCUUGAGAAGACUGUCAGGAAAUGAGUAUGUGUUUUCUAAGAAUAUGAACCUGAGCCACAGUCACUUUUCAGUGCCAGUUGCCAUCAAUGAUGUUCCACCUUGUAUUGCACAGCUCCUGGAUAAUGAGGAAAGCUGGGAUUUCAAUAUUUUUGAAUUAGAAGCUGUUACAAAUAAAAGGCCAUUAGUUUACUUGGGCCUAAAAGUUUUUGCUCGGUUUGGGGUUGCUGAGUUUUUGAACUGUUCGGAAGCAACACUACGAGCCUGGCUGCAGAUGAUUGAAGCCAACUACCAUUCCUCCAACUCCUAUCACAACUCCACGCACGCCGCGGAUGUUCUGCACGCAACAGCGUUCUUUCUUGGCAAGGAGAGAGUUAAGGGAAGCCUUGACCAUUUAGAUGAGGUGGCUGCAUUAAUAGCUGCCACCAUUCAUGAUGUAGAUCACCCUGGACGGACCAACUCUUUCCUGUGCAAUGCAGGCAGUGAAUUAGCUGUCCUUUACAAUGAUACUGCUGUAUUAGAGAGUCACCACACAGCGCUGGCAUUUCAGCUCACAGCUAAAGACAGCAAAUGCAACAUUUUCAAGAAUAUUGAUAGAAAUCACUACCGGACAUUGCGCCAGGCCAUUAUUGAUAUGGUUUUGGCAACAGAGAUGACAAAGCACUUUGAGCAUGUGAACAAAUUUGUGAACAGCAUCAACAAGCCAAUGGCAUCUGAUGAGAACAGCUCACACAGCGAAGGCAGCGACUGUGAAUGUACAGCCAAUAUCAAGAAUUUUCCAGAUAACCAGACACUGAUCAAGCGCAUGAUGAUUAAAUGUGCAGAUGUAGCAAAUCCAUGUCGCCCCCUAGAGCUAUGUAUUGAAUGGGCAGGGAGGAUUUCUGAAGAGUAUUUUGCACAGACCGACGAAGAGAAAAGACAGGGCCUGCCUGUUGUGAUGCCAGUAUUUGACAGAAACACCUGCAGCAUACCCAAGUCUCAGAUUUCCUUCAUUGAUUAUUUUAUAACAGAUAUGUUCGAUGCAUGGGAUGCAUUUGCACAUCUGCCUGUUUUGAUGCAACACUUGGCUAAUAACUAUAAACACUGGAAAACAUUAGAUGAGUUAAAGUGCAAGAGUCUCAGGCUUCCAUCGGAAAACAACAACUGA